AAAUGCGGCGCUUGAAGGGGCAUUCUUCGUCAAUUCUUUGCUGCGCUGCCGCCUCCGGUGAUGGAUCGGCAGCUGGAUUGGUGUCCGGCGGCGAGGACGGGCGCGUGUGCGUCUUUGAUUUGCGUGGUAGCAACGAGGCCAGUCAGAAAUAUUCCUUCUUCGAUGGACUGCCUGUGCCGUCUGUGUGCUACAAUCCAGUGGAUAUGAACCUCGUUUACGCGGCAGCGGGAUCAUCCAUUUAUUGUUUCGACCUUCGGCUGGGUUCCUCGGCAGACGUCAUAGCAAAGCACACGAUCAAUGCAGAUGAUAUCAAUCAGCUGGCGGUCAAUCGAAAGGCUACGUUUUUGGCAGCCUCGGAUGAUAGCGGAGAGACCAAGAUCUUGGACCUUAAGAACAACAGGACGUUCAAAGCUUUGCGAGGUCAUACAAAUAUCUGUAGCGCAGUGCAGUUUCAUCCCCAGAGGCCGUGGGAAGUGGUAACGGGAGGACUGGACUCGAAGAUGAUCAAGUGGGACUUCAACCGAGGAAAACAGCUUGCUGCUCUUGAUCUUGGAUGUGUAUCAGAUGCAUCCAAGCAGAUCUUCAAUCCUCCAUUCGUGCAUGCAUUAGCAUGCCCACAGCGGGAAAUCUCCGGUGAGCUCGGAAGGACUGUGGCUGUUGCGCGCGGCGAUGGCGGGACAGAUGUUUACGAUCUUAAUGGCCCAGCGAAAAGGGAUCCAUCGCAGGGUCUCGCCAGAAAAUGCAGCCUAGACGUGGAUCAAGGAGGCCAUACGGCACCAGUGUCUCAUGUGAACUUUGCAAGUUUUGACGAGUCUGGAAGGACAGUAAUCUCAGGUGGUAACGAUUCAAGCAUUAAAAUCUGGAACUGGACCGCUUGCGAGCUCAAGCUUUCACUCAAUCACAAUAGAAAGGUGAACUGGAUGACAACAAGAGCGAGCUCAUCAGACAAUCUUAUCGUUGCUGACACUUCCAAGUUCUUAAGAGUUUACAGCGUCCCUGUGUAAGGUUGAGCCGUCCCUUCUUUCAAUCUUAGAUCAUGAUCAUGAACUUUCGACUCCAGAAAGAAGACGCAGAAGUAACUAGGGUUCUUGCAUUCUACAA